AUAAUCUAUGGUGUUUUGUUAUGAGUUGUAAUCUGUUAUACACUUUACAGUGAAAGAUAAGCCAAAAUAUUACAAAUUUACGACAAAACAAUUAAAUUGAGCUUAAAUCGUGAUUAUUUGUUAGAAGUGUGCUUGAUUUCGUUUUGUUUGAUUUGUUUUCGUUCUUCUAUAUUGUGAAUGAAUAUUAAUACCUCAAUAAAUUAAAAUUUUAAAGGGAUAUCAGAAAUGAAUGAACAAGUGUCUAAGAAAAUUUUCUUCAACAAAUCGACUUUAAUAAGUUUAAAAGCAGAAUUGCUUAAAAAACAAGAAGAAAUACAAGAAAAGAAACAUCUGCCACAGCAUAAUUUAAACAAUUUCAAACCAUCUCAACCAACAAGGAAAAGUUAUAAAAGUGAUGAUGACAAGAAAAAAAGCUUGAAAGAUAAUUUAAAAGCUAUUGAUGCUGAGGAAUUUGAAGACUGUCGGAAGUCCAAAUUGAUGUUAGAAAAGAAGGCUGAAUUGUAUAAGCAUUUGUCUGAUGAAGCUGGUAACUCACAGCUAGCUGGCAACUUUUUGGUGGACUUUAAGGGAAAGAAGCAAGAGUAUACAUCAAAACCUGUACCUGAACCAGAAAACGUUGAAGAAAUAGCAGCCUUUGCAGACGAUGAUAAUGAAUGGACUGAAUUUACUGAUUUCCUUGGUAGAACUAGGAAAUGUCUUAAAUCUGAUUUAGAACAUUAUAAAAAGAGGGAUGAGGAACUUAUGAAGGCAAUGACUAAUGCAACUAAGGACAAAGAAUCAAGUACAGAAACAGAAACCACAAAACCUGAAAAACCGUUCCUAGUGCAGAAGACCAAUGAUUAUCUACAAUCAUUACGAGAAAAAUGGGAACAACAGGAGAGAGAGCUGCUAUCUAAGGACAAAGACAUACAUUAUCAGGAUAUACUUUUUGACGAGGCAAGAAUUCACGGUGUCGGCUACUACGCGUUUAGUACCGACGAAGAAGAGCGUCGCAAACAAAUGGAAGAGCUCGUAAAGCGAAGGCAAGAAACGUUGAUAGCUCAGGAGAAAGCGGAAGAAAUAAGAAAGAAACGGGAUGAACUAAUAGCAGCUCGGGUAGCAGCGGCUCGAGCUCGACAGCGUGCCAGAGCCGGUCUACCACCGGAAGAUCCCGAAGAAAAGAAGAAAGAUUAUACUACAUGUCUACUGGAAUUUCUAAACCAACAAAAAAUUGAAGCUGAUAAAAAAGCCAAGGAAGAAGAAGAAAAGAAAAAAGAGGAGAAAGAAAAAGAAAGACAAAAGUAUCGCGAGACUUACAUAAGAGAGUGGGAUCUUGGAAAAGAGGGAGUUGGAGGUGAAGUAAAGAAGUUUAGAGAAAUGUCGCAAGAAGAGUAUGUCGAACAACAAAGGGCGAAGCGGAAUGACGAAUUUGCCCCUCCACAAACAACUAGCAACGAUAGAUCAAAGUAUAGCUUUGACGUACGAGGCAAUAAAUUAGAAACAGAAACUAGUGAAAGUGGUAAAAGUAAAACCUGGUCUGAUGUGCGACCAGUAGCUGCUCCUCCACCUCCAAUUAUUGGGGAUUUGAGUGUAGUGAGCGACGCUCAAAAGGGACUAUAUUUUUCUACAAAAAAGACUAAACCAGUAGUUAAAUAUAAAAAUUUCGUUAGAGCUGAAGAACUAACUCCUAUAAACGAUGAGUUAAAUGACGAAGACGUUUCUGUUGUUAAAAAAACUAAACCCGAAAAGAGAAACCAGAAUUCAAAUCAUGCUGAAAUAGAGCCACCUCUAACAUACGAAUAUUAUGGCCCGAAUACAAAAUACUCGAGAACAGAAAAACCAUUUACUUCAGAUUUAAGAGAGGCAAUAGCGCAAGGAUCUAAAAGAUUAGAACCAAAAGAGAGUAACAUACAGUUACCAAAACAUUACGAUUUUACGUUUGAAUAAUUCUAAAUGUGAAUAAGAUUUAUGGUUUGUUGAAUAAAAAAGUUAAAAAUAGUA